CUAUUUUCAUGAGAUAGUGAAUUUGGGUAUUUAUUAGUUGUAAAAUGUGGUCAUUCGAUUGGAUAUUGUCACGGCCCCGGGUGCAUUCCAAUACCCACUCAUCAGUGCGCUCUGCUGAGUGCACCUCCAAGAGCGCACCUGCGCGCGUCACUCCUGCAGAAGCUGCGCCGGUGCACAACUGCAAUCAAUCAGCAUUCAACGCACCUGUCGCUAAUGAAAAGACCUGCCUUCUUAAACCAGUGCAAACCUGCAUCCUGGGCAAGAACGUAGUCAUUUUUUCCAGUACAUUUCUGGCAGCAAACCUUUGUUCCUGCGUGACGAGCUGCGUGUCUCGUCUCCCUGUGUUCCCCUCUGGUUCUCUGACUGCCCCAUUUGGAUCUCGACUUUCCGCCUGGACACGGACUUUGACGCCUCCCUCCUCCUCUCGACCUCACGUCUGUCUCUCGGAUCUCCGAGCUUGUUUUGGCCCCCUUGGACUACCGCACCUCGCUCAACACUUGCGGGUAACACUCUUCAGGCAACCGAGACACAAGUCCAAGAAAAAAAAGACAUCCGGAACGACCCAAAUUGACUACUUAGCACAUCAUCCGGACUUGUGGAGAAUACACGAUCUCAGCAUGAUGACCUCCUCGCUGCCUUUCUUGGUCGACCAUGACCGUUUGAAGCUCAGGGUGGAGAAGAAGAUGAGGAAUAUUUUCAUAACGCAGCCUGAUGAUAUCAGGCCGAGAGAGGAGAAUGUUAAUUACAUACCAAUUGUGACUGAGGAUCCUAGCAGGAUCCUUAAAGCUGGAGUGAACACGCUACAAAAGACUCUGGUUCUGAAGAAACAAGCAGAGCUGGAAGAGGUGAACAACCUUCUUGCCCUCAAAAGAGAUGAAUUCAAGAGAAAUGUGGAGGCUCUGUCUAAGAGAAGGACUGAAUUGGAAACCAAACACCAGGAGACUAAAGAAAAAGCGAUGAAAUUUGUGGAAUUUGUGAAUGCAAAUGAAGCAAAGCGCAGCCGAGCCUUGCAGGAGUACAAAGCUGUGUGGGAACAAAACUUGGUGAAGCAGAAGGAGACGGAGGAGCUGACAAAGCAGCUGCAGCAACUUCAAGCCAGGAGGCACAUUUUAAAGGACAGGAUAACAAAACACAAAAUCUAUGAGGACUACUUGCUGAAAACAUCGGAUUAUCUCCCAAACAACCACCUUGAGAGGGACUCUGACUGCGCGGUCACGCCUGUCAUCCAGCGCCACGAGACCCUGUCCGUCACCCACCAGCAGCUGCUGCAGCGUCUGGGCCAUGUGGAGGAGGAGGUGGAGCUCCACAGGCGACAACUACACGCCAUGAAGCAAGGACACAGCAUGCAUAAAUUGAUGGCAAGUAAGGAAAUUUAUGAACUUCAGAGGCAGUUGGAGAGCCUCAAAGAGAAGAACAAGCAGGAAGAAGACAAACUUUUGAUGGAGCAGGGCCAGUCCAGAAAGAAGGCUGAAGAAGUGGGAAGUUUAAUCCUGGCCGUCAACAACCUUGCAGAGCAGUGUUAUUUACCGUCCUAUGGACCUCUGGAGAGCAUGAACGCGUCAACAAUGAUGGACAUGGUGAAGGAGUAUUUUGCAGACAAGGCCGACACAGAGAAGAGAGCCAGGAGACUGAUGAUGGAGUGCGGUUCCCAAGCCACCAUCAAAACUGCUUUGACGGACAAGAGAGCGAGAGUAUCACUGCACAGCUUUGGCAGUAAAAGCCAAAUCAAAAGUCCAAGUAAAGUCAUCAGGAGCCAGGAAUCGUGUUAAGAAGCUACUAUCCUUUACUACUACAUUAACUACUGUGAAUUGUUCGGCACAUGUAUAUUAUAAUGUUGUAUGUUGAGAUUAAUAUGAAAAUAAAAGGAGUCAGAACUAUGGGGUACUGGGAAGUAACAUCUUUACUUCGUCACUAGCCUUUAUGUCACAGCUAUGCAGGAGGUCGGUUAAUAACGAUAACAUUUAUUAAAUGAAUACAGAUUUAACAUAGAAAAUUAAACCAACCCCAAUUGCAAUAUGGAAACACAUUCACAUGUCAAUAGUUUAUUGUACAUUAUAAAUAUAAGCAACAUUCAAAAACUUAAAAUUAAAUCCCAAGAACUUUUUUGCCCCCGAAUUUUAUUCGUAAAGUAUGCACUCACAGGGACAGUAAAAAAAAAAAAAAAUCCAGAAAUAAUGAUCAGUGACCGACCAGGA